AUAGAUUGGAAUAGAAUAACGGAAUUGAUCUCUCUAUAGAUCACUCCUUUGAUCAUUGCCUGGAAAAUGAAUUGUAGUAGAAUGGGAUAUAUUACCAAGAAUGAAUGGCAUCAUGGGAUGAAAGCAUUAAACGUUGAAAAUGAAAGUAAACUAAAACUGGCACUAUCAGCAACAGAGCAAUGUGUUGAGAAGCAUGAUAAAGAGUUUGAAGGAUUAUAUAAUUUUUGUUUUCCUUAUGCAAAGUCAGAGAAUCAAAAGAGUAUGGAUGUGGAGGUUGCUAUUGCUCUUUGGCAAGUGUUGUUGGUGAAUAAAUAUCCUAUUGUCAAGCCAUUUAUCCAGUUCCUUCAGGAAAAAAAGCCAGUAAAGGUCAUCAACAAGGAUCAAUGGAGGAGUCUAUUGGAAUUUGGCAAGAAUAUACCUGAAGAUCUAUCAGGAUAUGAUCCUGUUUCUUAUUGGCCAGUACUGUUUGAUGACUUUGUUGAGUGGAAGAAAAAGCAAGAGAGUGAUGUAUAAUUUAUUUCAAAUGUGUAUUCGUUUGUGCCGUUAGAACCUUUUCUUUACAACCAUCAAGUAGAUCUUUGAUGUGGACUAUACUCAAUUUAUUAAAUAAAGAAAACAUUUCUAAAAAGAUGAAUACAAAAUCAACAACACUAUGGCCCAAGUGCAUUAGGCGUCAUCUUCAAUAAAUCAUUACACAUAACAAAGCAUAGGUU